UAAACUUAUAAAAGCUCGACAGAACAAUCUCAUCAUUCUUUACUGUACUAGUAGUAUAUCAGAACCCCCAAAAGUUACACGCUCCAAAUUCCAAAAGAUGAAAUUGUUCCGAAGCAAAGACACCACCAAUUCCUCGCAAUCGCCGUCGUCUCCGUUACCAGCAUCAUCAUCAUCGGUGGCGGCGAUGUCGAUCACCGGGCCUGCGCGGCCCAUAAGAUUCGUGUACUGCGAUGACGAAGGCAAGUUCAUGAUCGAUCCAGAAGCCUUGGCUGUUCUUCAGCUUGUCAAGGAACCCAUUGGUGUCGUCGCCGUUUGCGGCCGCGCUCGCCAGGGCAAGAGCUUCAUCCUUAAUCAGCUUCUUGGGAGGAGCAGUGGAUUUGAAGUUGCAUCGACUCAUCGGCCAUGUACAAAAGGGCUUUGGUUGUGGAGUGCACCCUUAAAGAAGAUUGCUCUUGAUGGAACAGAAUACAAUCUAAUCCUAUUGGAUAGUGAAGGAAUUGAUGCUUACGAUCAGACAGGGACAUACAGCACACAAAUAUUUUCCUUGGCUGUUCUCUUAUCCAGCUUGUUCAUCUACAACCAGAUGGGUGGAAUUGAUGAGGCUGCAUUAGAUCAACUUUCACUUGUGACCGAAAUGACUAAACAUAUACGUGUCAGGGCCUCUGGAGGAAGGACAACAGUUUCUGAACUUGGACAAUUUUCACCAAUCUUUGUUUGGCUUUUGAGGGACUUCUAUCUGGAUUUGGUUGAAGAUAAUAAAAAAAUAACACCCCGUGAUUAUUUGGAGCUUGCCUUGAGGCCAGUUCAAGCUAGUGGGAAGGAUAUAGCUGCAAAAAAUGAGAUCCGGGAAUCAAUUCGUGCUCUUUUCCCUGACCGUGAAUGCUUCACCCUUGUUCGGCCACUGAACAGUGAGAGUGAACUUCAACAGCUUGAUCAAACACCAUUACACAAGUUUAGACCAGAAUUUAGAUCUGGUCUGGAUGCAUUAACAAGAUUUGCAUUCGAGAGAACUAGGCCCAAGCAAGUUGGGGCAACAAUAUUGAAUGGACCUGUGCUUGCUGGUUUAACCCAAUCAUUUCUAGAUGCAUUAAAUAAUGGCGCUGUUCCUACAAUAAGUUCCUCUUGGCAGAGUGUUGAAGAAACCGAGUGCAGAACUGCAUACAACAGAGCUGCUGAAGUAUAUAUUUCUUCCUUUGACAAGUCCAAGCCACCCGAGGCAGCAGCACUUAGAGAGGCCCAUGAAGAAGCAGUACAAACUGCUUUGAGCUUUUUUAAUUCACAUGCUGUAGGAGCUGGUUCAGCGAGGCAGAAGUAUGAGAUGCUUCUACAAAAUUGCUUCAGGAAGGAAUUUGAGGAAUAUGAGAAAAAUACAUACAUGGAAGCGGAUCUACAAUGUUCUAUUGCAAUUAAGAAUAUGGAAAAGCAACUAAGAACAGCUUGUCAUGCUCCUGAUGCAAAAUUUGUUCAAGUUCUCAAGGUGCUUGAUGAUCUUUUAUCCGAGUAUGAUGCAUCAUGUCAUGGCCCCGGGAAAGAAAAAAGGAAGGCUAAUUUCCUACAGAAAAGUUUUGAAGGUCCAAUAUCUGGCGUCGCUAAAAAGCAACUUGAUCAAAUUGGACUGGAGCAAAGUGCCCUUAUAUUGAAGUGUCAGUCACUUGAAGAUAAUAUGGCUUUGCUCACCAAGAAGUUAGAAGCCAGUGAGAAGCAAAAGUCUGAGUAUUUAAAGCGCUAUGAUGAUGCUAUAAGUGACAAGAGGAAAAUUGCUAAUGAUUAUACAAAUCAAGUUACUAACUUACAAAGUAAAUGUAGCUCUGUGGAUGAGAGAUGUUCCAGCUUAUUAAAAACGUUGGAUUCAGUCAGAAAGGAAUCUUUUGAAUGGAAAAGGAGAUAUGAAGAUUUCUUAUUGCAGCAGAAAUCUGAAGAAGAUGAAGCUUCUGCAGAAAUAGCUGUUCUCAAGUCUAGGAGCAGUGCUGCUGAAGCAAGUCUGGCUGCUCUUCGAGAAAAAGCUCAGUCUGCAAAAGAGGAAGCGGAGGAGUGGAAACGAAAGUAUGAUGUUGCUGCUAGGGAAGCAAAAUUUACCCUUGGAAAGGCAGCUUCUGUGCAAGAAUGUACGACUAAGAACAUCCAAUUAAGGGAAGAUAUUCUAAGAGCUGAAUUUGUUAAGACUUUGACUGAAAAGGAAGAGGAGCUCAAGGACAGAGUGGCAAAGAUGGAUGAGGUUGAGCAACAGUUGACAACUUUAAAGCUAGGGUUGAAGGCUGCUGAGUCCAAGGUUACUAGUUAUGACACAGAAGUAGCGAAUUUAAAAUUCGAUGUUAAGGUGCUGGAGGAGAAGUUGGAAGCUUCCAAUGGGAGAGCACAAUCAUAUGAGAGACAGUCUAAGAUUCUUGAGCAGGAAAAAGUUCACUUGGAGGAUAAGUAUCGAUCUGAAUUCAUGAUGUUUGAUGAGCUACAAGAGAGAUGUAGAGCUGCUGAAAAAGAAUCCAGGAGAGCUGUUGAGAUAGCUGACAAAGCACGAGCAGAAGCAGAAACUGCUCUGAAGGAAAAAUGUGAUAUCCAGCGACUAUCCAUGGAAAGAUGGGCCCAUAUUGAGAAGGCAGAAAGGCAGAUUGAGAAUUUGGAAAGGCAGAGAAAGGACCUUGUUGAUGAACUUAUGAGAAUCCGUGAAUCAGAGAUGGAUGCAAGAUCGAAAGUGACAUUACUAGAGGGUAGAGUUGAAGAGCGAGAGAAGGAGAUAGAAUCUCGAAUGAAAUUAAACAAUGUUGAAAGAUCUAGCACAGUUCAAGUCCUGAAUGAUUUACUUGAGACUGAACGUAAUGCUCGAGCAGAAGCCAAUCGCAGGGCUGAAGCUCUCUCUGUUCAGCUGCAGACCACCCAAGGUAAGCUUGAUCUAGUCCAACAAGAGCUCGCUUCAGUUUGUAUGAAUGAAUCAGCCUUGGAAGCGAAGCUCAAGGCUACUACUUCUAAUGGAAAACACUCGAGGAUGGAGGCUGUUCAAAUGAGGGUUGAUUCUGCUGAGGAUGACAGACUUAUUACUCGAGUCAAGAAGAAGCUUAAGAGCAUUGGAAGCCCUUUUCGGCAAACAGUGUCACCAGAAGAUGGCAGUGUGGCUUUUAGGAGUGGAGAAGAUGGUGAUCAAUUGAACUCAGAAGAUUAUACCAAGUUUACCGUUCAGAAACUUAAGCAAGAACUUGUGAAACACAAUUUUGGUGGUGAGCUGCUGAAGCUAGCAAAUCCUAGCAGGAAGCAAGUCCUUACUUUAUAUGAACAUUGUGUUCUUCAAAAGGGUUGAUCAUUUAAUGCUCACGGACAAGUAGUUGUGGUAGCAUCUGAUUUUAGUGUUAAGACUUUCAAAUGGACCCUCAGCUUUAGCACACCAACCUGCAAUCUCAUUGGUAUGUUUUUCGUCUUGUUGACAUGAAGUUGGGUGGUCUACUGACUCUGGGUGUUUCUCUCCUGUAGUCCUGUGCAUACAUAAUAUUUUCUUGAAUCUUCAAGGAUCUUGGUGUGAAUAUAAGUUUUAUAGGUCUAUAUUUUAAAGAAUUAUAUGCAACACUUUUCUAGUUCGAUUGAUAUUGGCAAAGGUCCAAUGCUGUUAUAGAUUAGGACCUUUUACUGAUGAUUGUGGCAUAGUGAGUUUGAAAAUAUCUUCUUCUGUAUGUUAGUUUUGUACAUGUUUUUGCGAGGGUGUCAAUCUUUAGAAGUUGUGAUUUUAUAUUGCAUACUUGUAUGUGAUUGAGAUAAGAGGGAGCAAGAAAAUUUAUGUGAUUCAA